AAGAGAAGCUAAAAAAAAAAUUGUGGAAGAUAAGUAUUACAUCUUCCACCAAGGGCACCUAAUUUCGGUGGAAUUUGGGAAGCGGCCGUAAAAACAGCAAAAGGCCAUCUUUAUCGCAGUCUCGGCGGUGCAAAACUGAACUUUGAAGAGCUGACAACGGCACUGGUAGAGAUCGAGGCCAUAAUGAACUCCAGGCCAAUUACUCCAAUGUCUCCUGAUCCCAACGAUCUGGAAGCGUUAACGCCAGCUCAUUUCCUAGUUGGGUCUUCUCUCAGAGCGAUUCCGGAACCAAGUCACGAAGUGCCUGACAUAAGCCAUCUGGAAAGGUGGCGUCGAAUCAAUGCCGUAAAAACCCACUUCUGGAAGCGGUGGUCAUCGGAAUACGUCCUAGAACUCCAAAAUCGUGCCAAAUGGACAACUUCAACUCCAAACCUCGAAAUUGGUAGUCUCGUCAUAAUCCAUGAAGAUAACUUGCCACCCCAAAAGUGGCUUAUGGGAAAAGUCGUAAAACUAAUCAAGGGUCCUGAUGGUCAUGUACGUGUAGCCGAUGUUAAAACGUCACGAGGAGAGUUUCGAAGGCCAAUUCGAAAACUAGCAGCGAUACCGUCUUAAAAGGAAGUCCUUUCAAAGGAGGCGGAAUGUUGGAGCCAAUCAAAUCAUCAAAAAAUAUUUACUAUUAAUAACUAUCUUAAUUUGUAUUUGUACUUAAACCAUUCAAUUACUAUAAAAUUGCUUUUAUUUUCAUUCAAAUUAAGCGCCUAAAUUAUACCAAUCGCCAUAAUUUUUACAUUUGAAUUCGCCCUAAAAAUUGUAUUUUUAAAUUUAACGUAACUUCUCUCUUGAACUACUAGAAAAAUGUGUGUAUAAAUAGAAGCUUAUAAAUGUAAUAAAAGCUCCUUCUUGUAUUAAACCCUACUGGGAAAUCACUGUCU